AUGGCAACGGAAGAUGAUAACUUCGAUAUUGACAUCUAUGGAGAUGCCGGCUACACUGCCGAACAAGGUGAUUUCAAGGUGGACCCAGAUGAUGAAGAAUUGGAUCUAGAUGUUCCCCAGCGUGUGUUGCCCGAAUCCUCAGGCGACAAUGCAGGCGACAAUGAGUCUCCAGAAGUGAAGCCCUCACUUGUUCCUGACUCUCGACCUGCCGCCGCCACCAACGGUGAUCACACGAUGGCACGUCACCAAAUCGCCCAGGAAACUCCCGCUGCUCCUCACGGGGUCAAGCGUAAGGAUUAUGACGAUCGUCCCUCGGACCCUGACGCUACAACCGCUUUACUGAUCUCCGAUCUCACCUGGUGGACUACCGACGAUGAUAUCCGUGGUUGGGUCAAUCAAGCUAACAGCGAGGGUGACCUCAAAGAUGUGACUUUCAGCGAGCACAAGGUUAAUGGAAAGAGCAAGGGCCAAGCUUUUGUCGAAUUCACCACCACCCAGUCAGCUACAGCUACCAAGAACACCAUCGAGUCUCUCAGCGCUAGUGGCCGCAAGUACUCAGUCAACUACACCAACCCACAUGUCAACCCUUUCCGCACCCUCCCCAAGGAUGCCCCAAUGCGCAAGGAGAACAACCGCGGCGGCAUGACCGGAGGCUUCAACGCUGGUAACCAGAACAUGAAUUUCAACAGUGGUGGUAUGGGCAUGGGCAGUGGCGGCGGUUACCGUGGCCGCGGCGGAUACAACAACCGUGGAAUGGGCGGCAACAUGGGCAACUUCAACAACCGCGGCAACUUUAACAACAACAUGGGCGGUGGCUUCCAGGGCGGUGCUCCUAGUGGAGGUAUGAUGGGUGGCUUCCAAGGUGGUGCCAUGGGUGGCAUGCCCAACUAUGGCUUCAACAACCGAGGCGGCAUGAUGGGUGGUAUGCGUGGAGGCCCUGGUGGCAUGCGUGGUGGCCGCGGAGGCAAUAUGGGAGGCUCAAACAUGAUGGGCAUGCCCGGUAUGAAUCCUAUGGCCGGUGGCAUGGGUAUGAACCCAAUGGCUGGAGGCAUGAACCCGAUGAUGGGCGGUAUGGGCGGAAACAUGGGUAUGCAGGGUCAAGGCUUCCAAGGCCAAAACCCAGCUUUCAACCAGGGUUUCUUCAAUAACCAAGGCGGAAAUGACGCAACUUGGAACCCACACGGUGCCAAGCGCAGCCGACAGGAGUAA